UUCAGGAUCGGAAGGUUAUCAAUAAUAUUAGACACUUCUUCUUAUUUUACACGAACACGCUACUUUAUUGCAAAACAUUGAGAGCAUAUGUAGGCUCGGAUUAUACGUAGUAACAAUGUAGUGACAAUAAAAAGGCAAAAAUUAUAAUAGUGGGAAACGGACAGCACUCUCUCUGCUCGCGAUCCGAUCUCGUCUUCUUCUGUUUACACGCGGCCCUUCCGGCACUAUCAUCUAACUCGAUCCACGGCCGAUAACACGCGUCUCGCCUUCUAUGUUAAUGGUAUUGAGAGCGCGCUUUCAACAAUCAGUAACAGAAGCUCGUAGUGUGUGCACUUCAUCCCUAGUCAAUUUGAAAUUUAUAUCGCGAUGGAGCUUUCUACUUUACUUCUCACUGUUUUAACAGCGAGCAUCUGCUUAUAUUAUUUUGUUUUAAAUAAGAUAUCUGUUAAAUUAUCUUAUUUUAAGCAAUUAAAAAUUCCUCAUGUUCGACCGAUUCCAUUAUUGGGUAACAUAGCUCCUUUUGUUUUUCGACGUAUAUCCUAUAUGGAACUCUUACGAAAAAUGUAUAAUCUCUUUCCGGACGCAAAGUUCUUUGGCUUUUACGAUUUUACAAAGCCAGUAAUCGUUAUUCGUGAUCCAGACCUGAUUUCCAUGAUCGCCAUUAAACAAUUCGAUAAUUUUUGCGAUCAUUCCGGCUUCACCAACAAAACUCUUGAUCCGAUAGCAAAUAAAAAUUUAUUUGAUCUGCUUGGAGAUGAGUGGCGCGAAAUGCGGAAAGUUCUUAGUCCCAGCUUCACAUCUAGUAAGAUAAAGAUGAUGUUUGGACUUAUUUGCCAGUGUGCCGAAAACUUAGUCAAUUUUGUGACAACACAAUCCGAAGCUGCCAAAACGUAUGAUAUGAAAGACUUACUUUCCAAAUAUACCAUCGAUACAGUGGCCACGUGUGCCUUCGGUAUUGACGUGGAUUCUUUUAAGCAUCCGAACAAUGAGUUCUUUUUACAUGGCAAAGAAUCAUUCACUUUUGAUGGCUGGUUAGUCUUCAAGUUUUUAAUGCAAAGAAACUUCCCGCGACUUGCGAAACUCUUUAAACUGAGAAUGUUUGGCCCAAAAGUAGAGAAUUUUUUUAAAGACGUUGUUGCCACCACAGUGAAGACUAGAGAUGACCAGGGAAUUAUUCGCCCGGACACAAUACAAUUGAUGAUGGACUCAAGGAACAAUGGAUAUAAAUACGACAUCGACGAAAUGACAGCCCAAGCGUUUGUUUUCUUUCUCGCCGGGUAUAAUGCCAUAUCAACAGCUAUGUGUUUUAUGACGCACGAAAUCGGUGUCAAUUCGGAUAUUCAAAGAAAAUUGAGAGAAGAAAUCGACGAUGUUCUUAGGCAGACCAAUGGCAAACCUACCUACGAAGCUAUCAAUUGCAUGAAGUAUUUGGACGCCGUGGUAAAUGAAGCUCUCAGAUUGUAUCCAAUAGGACCUUUUCUUGACAGAAAAUGUGUUAAGGAAACUAAAUUACCACCAGCGACUCCGGAUGGUGAACCGAUCACGGUAAAACCAGGUGAUAGUGUAUGGUUUCCGAAUUAUUCUCUGCAUCGCGAUCCGAAGUACUAUCCGCAUCCAGAUAAAUUCGAUCCAGACAGAUUCCUUAACGGAUAUGUAAAUAACUUAGUCUAUAUGCCAUUUGGAAUCGGACCUAGAACCUGCAUAGGUAAUAGGUUUGCCAUAAUACAAGCAAAAGUCUUGCUGUUCUAUCUACUUUGGCGGUGCAAUCUCGAACCCGACAUUAAAACUCGAAUUCCUAUGGUGUUAAAGAAGCAAACACUUCUUAUGAUGGCGGAUGGAGGUUUUUGGUUGAAAUUGCGAGUGAGAAAAUUGUAGGCUUCUAUUAACACAAUGUUUACGAACAGACAUAAAAUUAAGGGACAGGAAUAAUACACAUAUUUAAUACAUUCUUUUUAAACGUAUAAUUAUAUACUUGAAAGAUUCU